AUGGUCCUUCUCGCAGUCUGUGCGAUAGCUGCCAAAUUCUAUGCUGCUGAGAGACUGGACGAGUUGGGCGACGGGCAUGUCCUCGGGGCCGGCAAUGAAUGGGCGCAGAUGGCCCACCGUCAUUUGUAUGAAGCUGUACAAGCCCCCUCUACUGACAUGAUUAUGACUGCCGUUCUAUUGCAUGAACACGCGCUUCGGAUCGGCAACUACGCCGCCGCCUUUGUCAUCACCGGCUUGGCCGUCCGCCUCGCUCAAGCACUUCGCCUUAAUCUGGAGCAGCAAAACACCAGAGGGAAUUCCGAUGCGCCACCUUGCGCGUACGAAUCUUGCAGACGCCUUAUGUGGAGUGUCUACAUCAUGGACGCAUGGGUCGGCAGCGGCGUCGACGAGCUGACGUUGCUGAGCGACAAGAACAUCAAGAUUGAGCUUCCCGUUUCCGAGAUGGAUUUUGUACUAGAGAAUACAAAGAUGCCGACUGGGAAUCCCACAUCCGAAGAAGAAACUAGAAACUUGGACUUGGAAGCUCACUUUGCCACGUUGGUGGGCCUUCGCCAGCGAGUUCUAUGGUACAUUUUGCUAACCAUGCGCAUGUGGGAAAGGAUCAUCAAGAACCUCGACUCGACGCAGGAGCCCUGGCUCGCGCAGUCAGAGUGGUCCGUCAUCCGUGAGGAGCUCCUCCGCUGGAACCACGGCCUGCCCGUCAACCUGGGCCUCACCCGCUCUUCUAUCCAGAAGCGCAAAAUCUCCGGCCAGCACGGCGCCCUGCUUCACCUCCACCUCACAUACCACCAGACCUUUUACGACCUCACCCGCAUCGGCAUGCCCGGGCUCAUGCGGAUCAAGACGCCCGUCGUGUUCCCACCGGAGCAGGGCGACUUUGUUCGGGGCCUGCAGGAUCAGUGCUUUGAGCACGGGCUGGCUGUGUCGAGCAUCUUUGAUGAGGCACUGAGGCAUGGGAUGGAGGCGUUUGCGGACACGUGGCUGUGCGUGGUGGCGCAUGAUGUGUCGAGGAUGCUUAUUCACUUCUUGGUGAAUAAAUUCGGAUCCGGUUUUCUGCGAGACGAGGCUUCUAUGGCUAGGGAGGUGGAAGCCGCCGUCAGGGCGAAUGCUAGUGCGUUGGACCGAAUGAUACACAUCAUGGCACUCGCACGGCCUCUGCUGGAAGCCGUCAUUGCGGAUCUUGAAAUGAACGGCUUAGAGGUACCCCCGGAUCUUGCGCAAAAAUUCCACCGCGCGGAUGUGAGAAGAAGAGGAUCCGCCGUGCAGCUACCCAGCAGCAGCUCUCAAAGUAACUGGGGGGCGGGCACGCUCUCCCAGCAAGGCCCCGAGAACGUCCUGGCCCCCCUCGCCAUCUUCCGCAUGGCGCGCAAAGACAUUGCCGAAAACCGCGUCCACGGACGCCCUGAAGACAUGUCCAACCCCGCGCGAUUAGACAAAAGUCCCAACGAGACCGAAGUGGCAGCGGCGACGGCAGCUCAGCAACCACCAUUUACCUGGAUGCAGCUGACGUCGCAGCGGCCGCUUACCACGUCCCAUACGGCUGAUGCUCAGUCCGAGUGCAUGGCCUCUCCAAUCGAGUUCAAUCAGUUGCCGAUGGGGUUUGAUGACUUGCAGGUGUACAUGACGGCACCUCUCAUGAUGGACGGCUACCUCGAGCGGACGAUGCACGGAUCGACCAUGGACGGCGGUAAUUCUUUCGCGACGGCUCAUUGGCCUGGUUGGUCAUGA